AUGUCUGAAAUAAAUCCAGAAGUGCUCAAAGUAUUUGGCUUUUGGAGUAGCAUCUUGGUUCUGAAAAUACUGGCGAUGAUGCCGUUAACUGCACGACAGCGAUUUCGAAAACACGUAUUGGCGAGUCCAGAAGAUGAUAUGUUCAUAAAUAAAGGCAAAAUGGUUUACAACGAUCCAGAUGUGGAACGUGUACGCAGAGCACACUUGAACGAUUUGGAGAACGUUCUCCCUUGGUUCAUAAUCACGUACCUCUGGUUAGGAACAGGACCUUCGCCAUGGUUGGCCAAAACUUUGAUACAAACCUUUGUACUUUCCCGUAUAGGUCACACUUUAUCAUACGUAAUUUUUCAACAACAACCUCUGAGAGGAAUAACUUUUGCUGUGGCAUUUGGAAUUACAGGUUACGAAACAUUUAAGACAUUAUUAUACUAUUACUAAUUGUUACAUAAAUCGUGAAAUAAGCACAUAGCUAUGCAACAACAAAUUACAUAACAUUUUUUUAAUAUUUGGUGAUAAAACAAUUUU